AUGGUCCAAAGCAUUUUGUCUGAAAAUACAAAAUAUUUUUAUUUUAUUCUUAUAUGCCUAUUCACUCUUUGGCACAAAAUUGAUUCAACAUCACGAACUGAAGCUAAAAAAAUUGAAGCUAUAUUGGCUCUUAAUAAUGAAAUACGUAAUGACAUUACUGGAUUACGCAAUGAUAUCACUGGAAUACGCAGCGAUAUCACUGGAAUACACGAAAACAUUACUGGAAUACGUAAUGAUAUUACCGGAAUAUGCAGCAGCAUUACUGGAAUACGCAACGACAUUACUGGAAUGCGCAACGACAUUACUGGAAUACAUGAUGACAUUAAUAGAAUACGUGGAACAUCCAAUUUUAGUUUUGCAUACCUAUAUAUUCUUUACCACAGAAUCAAUUCAAUAUCCCAAACUGAAACCGAAAAAAUUGAAGCUAUAUUGGCUCUUACUAAUGAAAUACGCGACAAUAUUAAUAUAAUACAUAAUACAUCCCGAACUGAACAUAAAAAAAUUAUAUCAGAACUUAGCAUCAACAUUAAUAGAAUAUGUGAAACAUCCAAAAAAGAAAAUGAGGAAAUUGGAAAAACUUUAUCAAAUCUUACAUCAGAUCUUCGUAAAGACAUUAAUGAAAUACGUGAAAUUAAACUAAACCAUAUUUCUCAAGCAGGUUUAAAUCAGUUUUCAAUCACAAAUAGUAUAAACACAAGACAAAUCUCUAUUUGCUAUGAUACAGAAACGCUUCGGAGCAAAUUUAAGUCCCUCGUUGAUCAAAGAAAAGAAAGGGAUAGAUUAUUUCUCGAUUCAAUAUUUGAUGAAGUAGCUUCGAAGGUUAAUAUAUCUAAAAGCACUGUGUAUAAUUUUUAUCAUCAUCGAACAAGUCCGCGAGAAACUACAAAGAAUGAAAUUUUGAAAUGGGUCAAUGGAGAAGUAGGAAGAAAUAAUAAUUUAAACAAUCAUUAUAAUUCUUCAUGG